AUGGGCAAAAAAAUCGAGUGCUAUAUUGAUUGCGUCUCUCCCUAUAGCUUCUACGCCUUUUCCUAUCUCCAGAAAAACAGACCUGCACUGAAGAAUCUAGGCGUUGAGGUCGAAUUCAUUCCCGUUUUCCUGGGUGGUAUCAACGUGGGAAGUGGAAACAAACCUCCCUGGACCCUUCCCGCGAAAGCGGCUUACGCAAACUUCGACGGCAAACGUGCCCAGAAGUACUUCGGAUUUGACUUUGAAGUGCCCUCAUUUUUCCCUAUUUUGUCUUUGCUGUCCUACUCUCAAUCCACAUUUGAAGCAGCCUUCUAUGCGUGCUUUGACACAAUGUGGAACGGCCAGCUUGAUAUUUCGAAGCCGGAGCAUCUAACUACCAGCUUAUCCAAGGUCUUCUCUUUAGAGAAGGAAGUUCAGGAUAUUAUUGCUGCUGCCGGGUCACCACCGAUUAAGGCUCUGCUGGAAAUUGUGACAGGGCGUGCUGUGAAGGAGCUCGGUGCAUUCGGGUGUCCUUGGUUUUGGGUGACGAACGGGGAAGGCAUAGGAGAGCCCUUUUUUGGGAGUGACCGAUGGCAUUAUAUGUGGAGAUUCUUGGAGUUGCCUUUUGAGGAUCUUAGACUUAUUCCAUCAUCUGAGAAGGUAAAGCUUUAG